AUGCCUAAAGUUCAAAAGGGAAAGCGCAACAAUGCGCACGCAGACGCCGCCGCAAAGACCAAGGCUGCGCACAGUAUCUUCAAGAUGAACACAGACAUCGGUCAGCACGUGUUGAAGAACCCCGGUAUCGCUGAGCAAAUUGUGAUCAAAGCCGAUCUCAAGCAAAGCGAUAUCGUUCUCGAAAUCGGUCCCGGUACUGGUAACUUGACUGCGAAGAUUUUGGAGAAGGCCAAGAAGGUGAUCGCGGUCGAAUUGGAUCCUCGAAUGGCUGCCGAAGUUACAAAGCGUUUCCAAGGAACUCCUCUGCAGAAGCGCUUGGAGGUCAUUCUCGGCGACGUGAUGAAGACAGAGCUGCCAUACUUUGAUGUCUGCAUCAGUAACACUCCUUAUCAGAUCUCUUCUCCUCUUACUUUCAAGCUACUUGCCACUACACCCGCUCCUCGGACCUGUGUUCUCAUGUUUCAACGGGAAUUUGCUCUGCGUCUAUUCGCCAAGCCUGGCGACAAGCUCUACAGUCGACUGUCUGUAAAUGCCCAGAUGUGGGCCAAGAUCGAUCACAUCAUGAAAGUUGGGAAGAACAACUUCAAACCUCCACCCCUGGUCGAGUCCAGUGUGAUUCGCAUGGUGCCCAAGGUUCCCCGGCCACAGAUCAAUUACGAGGAGUGGGACGGUUUGCUGCGCAUUGCCUUUGUGCGAAAGAACAAGACGCUUCGGGCCAGUUUCAUCGGCACACCCAGCAUCAUGAACAUGCUGGAGCAGAACUACCGCACGUGGUGUGCUCAAAACGACAUCCCUGUGGAGGACGGCCCCGUGGAAGAUGCGGAGGGUGAUAUGAUGGAUAUGGGUGAAGAACAGGAACAGGAAGCUGACGAGGAGGUUGCCGACGAAGUCAUGGAAAUGGAUGAUGAUGACGUGCCCGACUUCUUCAAGGAGGAGGCAAAUGCACGUAUUCAACAAGCUCUGAGCAAGCCUCAGCGCAAAAAGCGAGGAAAGGUCUCAGAGCUGGUCCGUGAGAAGGUGCGACAGGUGCUGGAAGACGAGACUGGCCUCGCCGACAAGCGCGCAAGAAUGUGUGAUGAGAACGAAUUCUUGAAGUUGCUGUGGGCUUUCAACCAGAAGGGCAUCCACUUUAACUGA